GUUCCUAUGACAGUGUGAAUUUCCACCUGCGUCCUUCCACCACUGACGCUCAUUUAGCAUGCAGUACAUGCUGGGCUGGAGCUCUCUCUGUCUUUCCAACUCUCCCUGGCAAAUUAGUUGCAGGCAGUGGGCAGUCAUGCUGGUUUUCCUUUGCUCUCAAGUUCACUCCUUUUGAACGAACUCUGGCUGGAUAUCAUUUUCUGGCAAAGAAGAGAAAUCAAUGGUGCAAAAAUCACCAAGGUUGCAUCAAUUAAAUUCCUGAUGAAGGUGCUAAGCAGCUGCAGUGCACCCAAAACCUUAAAUGUGAGCGAUAUGGAGACUUUGAUUGCAUGCCAAUCAGAGGUUGACAUCAAGAAAUGCCACUUGUUUAUGCCAUGUGACACUGAAGAAGAGCUGUGUCAUCUGUCUGAAAGUAAUAAGAAAAGAAAGAAAGUAAUAUCUUGGCCCUUCAUGCUGAGACGCAUCACCACUGGAUCAGAGACUCUGGGUCAGCUUGAACCUGACUUGAAGCCUUCCCUGUUUGAUCAGCCAUUGUCAAUAGUUUGUAAUGAGGAAAAUAUGCUACCCAAACCAAUACAGGAUAUUCUUACAAUAUUGUUCCUGCAAGGACCUCACACUGAAGGAAUAUUCCGGAAAGCUGCCAAUGAGAAGUUACGCAAAGAGCUGAAAGAAGAGUUAAAUUCUGGAGGGAAAGUUGCCUUUGAAAAGGCCUCUGUGCAUUUGUUAGCAGUGGUUUUUAAGGAUUUCCUCCGGAACAUUCCCCAUAAACUUCUGCUGUCUGAGCUUUAUGAUGAUUGGAUGACAGCAUUGGAGAAGAUGAGUGAUCAUGAAAAAACUGAAGCAAUGAAAGAGGUUGCAGACAAGCUACCAAGACCAAACCUUAUUUUGCUCAAGCAUUUGCUUUGUGUGCUCCACCACAUUAGCAAAAGGUCAGAAGUCAACAAAAUGGAUUCUAGCAAUCUUGCCAUCUGUUUUGGGCCAACCAUGUUGACUCCAAAUUAUGACCAAGGUCUUCCUCUUGAAGUCCAGAAAGAGCUGACAGAUAAGGUGAAGGCAUUAGUGGAAUUCCUCAUUGACAAUUGUUCUGAUAUAUUUGGGGAAGAAAUCUGUUCGCUAUUCAGUAAUGCAGCUGAUGAUUCCCUGGAUGAAUCAGAAAUGCUGUCCUUAAGCCAGCAACAUGAUUCUGCCUAUGACAGCACAGACCUUGAGGGAGAAUGCAGCUCCAAUGAUCUCCAGCCUAACAAUCUACUAAAAGCCAAUUUGACAGCAAGCAGGCCCAGGAGUAUGAAGCUACACCUACAACAACCACUAGACCAGACUUGCUCUGUCUCUUCACUGACCCGUUUUAAACUAUCUGUAAGCAAACUGGACAGAAGGUUCUCGGAACCAGACAUGUUCUCUUCGAAGGGGUCUCAGGAAAGCUCUUCUGUGAGGAACCAGAAGCUAACUAAAAGUGAGGAGAACGUCAUUCAACAAGAGGAACUGGGAUUGAAGUGUCGAAGUCUGAGAAUGCACAUGAUGGAAGAACCUUCUCUUUCAGGUCUUUAUAGAACCAAAAAGCCACCAAACCUAACAAUGAAAGCUAGAUUGCAGUCAGAAUUGUCAAGUGGUUCCUUACCCAGAACAUCCUCCAGUAGUUCACUAGACAGCAUCACCUCAAUCUCAGACAGUUCUGUCUUCACCAGCUCACCACUAGCAUCACCUUCACUGUGGAAGGAUAAUGUCUUGAUAAGGCCACAGUCAUUUUCUACUAAGAUUUCAGAAGAAAGUGACACAUACACCAGAGAGCUGAAGAAACAUUCAUUGUCAUUUUCAGCAGCAACUCGCAAGAAAAUGGUGACUAAAACACAAAGUUGUAGUCUGAGUGGCUUUCAAAGGGACAGUUUCAAGAAGGAGUCCAAGAAAGAGAGGCAUCUUUCUUGCCGAAUAGUCCAAGCAACCUAUGUUGAUAAAUGCAAGCCAGUGGUGCCUCUGGGGUGUGAACUGAGGCAUCGUUUCAUGUCAGCAGAGGAGGUGUUUCAACUUGUGGAUCAAAGAAAUCCUGGAAAGCCCCCAUCCUAUGAAGAAGCAACCAAACACUGUGCAGCUGCUAGGCUUCCUUCAUACAGUAGCUUACGAGUUCAAGAUAUGAAAACCAUGAUAAUGUCUCCAGACUCUGAGCCUCAAUGUUCAAGGCUUGACAGAGAGGUUACAAGCAAAGUAUAUAAGGACUUUUUAAGUGACAGGCUUUCUGUGAGCAAUAAUCCUAAAGACAAUCUGCCAGGUGUUGAUGUUGUUAUUGGAAUACAUCCUCGGGCAAAUUUACCCCUUACUCCACAGGUCUAUCGUCUCAGGACCAUGUCUGGUUCUUAUCAAAAAAGCAAACAAGAAUAUCUGAUGCGACGGUGCAGUCAGCCAGCAUUUGAUAACAUCCAGGGUGCAAAGGAAUCCUAUGUUUAAGUUUAUCUGUCCCCUUUUAACAGAAAUGUACAUGGUGUACAGAUGAUGUGAAAGCAAGUCUUUGACUGUCCCUAAUAUAAGCUGAUUUGUGUUUUUAAAAUGCUAUUUUCUGAUGUAAUACAGAAUCUGCAUUGCUCAUUUACAAAUCUGUAGAUUUUGUACAUAAUGUAUAUAAUUAUGUUUAUGAUUUUCUGUGAAUUUUAAAAAGACACUUUUUAAAACUAAGCAAAAAGACUAGACAGAUUCUCUAUUCUGUUCUUCUAGCCAUCCUAUAAGAUGUGAUUUAUUGCUUUUCACUUGAAAAUCUAGAGAGGACUGUCAUACCCAUAGAAAGCAGUAUCUCUACUGCAGUACUACAGAUAAGCUGAAGAUAUGGAGAUACAGUACCAUAUAACUCACGUUUCCCCAACAUGUUGACCUUAGGGAUGUGUUGAACUGCAAACCUCAUCAUCCGUAGCAGGCAUAGCUAUACUGAUGGAAGAUGGUGGAAAUAGUAAUCCAUGGCGGGUUACAGACCGCUGAAAAGCGGCGCUCUGCCGCCGCCACCGGUUGCUGCGUCUGGGAACCGCAGCAGCUAAAC